UCUCAGCCUGAAAGUGCAGUUCACAACAGACUUGCCACAGCCCUAAGGUAGAUGAUUCCAAAGGUUCGCUGCACUGUGGGUUGAAUAAAUUGGAAUGGACUGUCUGGAUAAUAUGCUGACAGACCCUUUGGAACUGGGUUCAGCUGCUGAGGUCAAUGGUGCUGGCAUCAUGGAGGCAUGUUUACUUGGUGGAACCAGGGUCAGUCUUCCAGAGGAUCUGCUGGAGGAUCCUGAUAUCUUCUUUGAGGUGGUGAGUCGCAGCACCUGGGAUGAAGUUCUGUCUCAGUCCCAAAGGGAUCACUUGAGGAAAUUUCUUCCACAGUUCACUGAGAAAAACGUGGAGCAACAGGAUGACAUCAUUACAGGACUAUUCAAUGGAGAUAACUUCCGCUUUGGGAAUCCUUUAUACAUUGCGCAGAAGCUCUUUCGAGAUGGCUACUUUAACCCAGAGGUGGUCAAGUACAGAAAGCUGUGUAUGAAGUCACAGUAUAAGCGGUACCUGUACUCCCAGCAGCAAUACUUCCACAAGCUGCUAAAACAGAUCCUUGUCUCCAGAAAGGAGUUGCUCGAGCUGGCAAGAAAGAGUGGCCCUGACAUGACUCUGAAAAGGAAAUACCAGGCAAUUUCGAGUCAGAAGGAGCAGGAGAGGCGAGCACAGAGUCGAUACGAAAAGAUUCUGCAAGAGGUCAAAGAGGAAUGUAAAGAUAACAGCAUCUCAUCUGAUGAGGAAGAGAUGUGUUCCUGGCUUCCGGGUUCUCCAACACACCCCAUGAGUCCCAGUGUGGCGCUGCGAGCUGUACCAACCCUCUCCACGCAGGACAUGAAGACAGUCAGUAAACCUGAACUGGGAGAUGAGGAUUUGAAAAUCAUGAUAAGGAAACAUGUUGAGAAGCGAAGACUACAACCGGACCAUCCCGACCUUGCAACUGGUGACUUGACUUUCAAUGAUAUCAUCACUCGUAUGAAUGCUGGCCGACGGGGCUCACUGGCAGCUUUGCUCGAUCUUACAUUCCCAAAGAAGCGGGUGAAGGAUAAAGAGGAGAGGAAGAAAAAGAAACUCAAAGUGAUAAAAACAGAACCAGAAGAUUUAGCUGAGUCAUCAGGAGCUGAGGGAGGUACUGCAGCAGCUCCUGAGCAGCAGAUUGUCACCAGACCAGUCUCUGCUCCUGAACAGACUCUAGAUGCGACGAAGCUGACAGCAGUUCCUGGGAUCACAGGCAGUUUCUUUGGUUUGCUACAGGAGAUUUUGCUGGCAGAGGGAGAGGCAAGUUUGGCUGGGAUUGAGGAGAAAGUGCUUGAGUGGCAGAUCUCAGCUCCCAGUACGUUAAACUCUUGGUUCUCAGAUGCUUCCAACUGGUCAGAACUAGUCCAUUCUGCUGUCCGCUUCCUUUCUGGUGAAGGUGGAAUGUCAGCACUUCCUUCCAACUUUGAGCCAUAUGUGAGCUGCACAGAGCGAGGCCAGCAGUGGAAGUGGAUUGGUUCUGGACGGGACUCCGAGAAGGAAGUGACUACACUGUGUCAGCUGUGGUUCGAGGUGAAGGAUCAGAUAUUUCCCAAGGAAUCUGAGGAACUCCCAGACAUCAUACCUCCAACGCCCAGGAUGAGAACGGACUAUGUGGUGAGACCCAGCACCGGAGAUGAAAAGCGUGUGUUCCAAGAGCAGGAGCGCCAGCGAUAUAGUCAACCCCACAAAGCCUUCACCUUCCGCAUGCAUGGCUUUGACUCCGUUGUGGGACCUGUGAAGGGAGUAUUUGACAAGGAUCCUUCUCUCAAUAAGGCACGCGAACAUUCUCUGCUGAGAUCUGAUAGACCAGCCUAUGUCACCAUUCUAUCACUGGUACGAGAUGCAGCUGCUCGUCUUCCAAAUGGAGAGGGGACACGUGCAGAGAUCUGUGAGCUGCUGAAAGACUCCCAGUUUCUCGCUCCUGAGGUCACCAGUGCUCAGAUUAACACUGUUGUGAGUGGGGCUCUUGAUAGACUACAUUAUGAGAAAGAUCCCUGUGUGAAGUAUGAUAUUGGGCGCAAGUUGUGGAUCUAUUUGCACCGAAACCGGAGUGAGGAGGAGUUCGAACGGAUUCACCAAGCCCAGGCUGCAGCAGCCAAAGCGAAGAAGGCAUUGCAACAGAAACCGAAGCUGACAACCAAGAUCAAGUCUUCUGCUAAGGAGAGUACAACAAAGCUCCCUGUCUCUGAGCAGUCGCUGGCAUCCCAGGUGUUGGCAGAUUCCAGCUUACCUGUAACACCUGUGACCCCUAUAACUCCGACAUUACCGGUUACUCCCACAUCACCACCGAUAUCAACUGAUGGCAACAAAGUACCAACAACUAGUGCACCAGAAUUGGUGAAAUCUGGUCAAAGUGUUUUGUUAGUGUCCUCGCCUACAAUGCCUCAGCUUGGGAACCUUUUAUCUGGAACACAAACAGGACAAUACACCGGGCCGCAGACUCCAGCUCGGAUCCUGUCGCAGUCUGUUGCUGCUCCUCUGCCCCAGGUCCGGGUAGUCUCUGCUCAGCAAGGCUUAACUUCCACUUCGCAUCAAACUUCUGUUGUACAACAAGUCCAACAACAUCAACAUCAGAUGCGGCUACCAGCAGUCACAGCAGCGGCUCACACUAAGGUACUGCCUCAGUCUAUUCUGACGGUGCCGGUGAAGGCUCAGUCUGGUGCCAGUACUGUCCACAUCCAGCAGGGCUCUGCAAAAAGCAAUCUGACAAUGGCUGGAAUCAGCACUGCUUCCAAAACCGUGUCCAGCACAUUGAACAGUACCACAUCCAGCUCCCCCAGCAUCAUCAUACAGAGUGUAGCUGGGCAAAGCAUCAUGAGACAGGUUGCUAUUGCAGGCCAACUUGGGGUGAAGACACAGUCCAGUACUGGAAUUCCACUUACAGCAACAAACAUCCGGACCAAGGGCAAAGAUGUUCUGCGAUUAGCUCCUUCCUCUAUCACCACUGACUCCAAGGGCCAGACAGUGCUUCGAAUCACGCAGGAUAUGAUGGCUACACUGACCAAAGCACCAGUUACUACCGUGAAACUCACCCCAGACUUGCUGGCAGGUAAAGGCAUUUCAGCCACUCUACACGUCACUCCUGCCAUGCAGCCAACUGACUCCAUGGUGAAGGCAUCUACCAGCACCACCUCUUCCACCACGUCCACAGUGGUCAAGGUUACACCAGACUUAAAAGUAACUGAGGCAAGCAGCACAGCCAUCCGACUGAUGCCUGCACUGGCUGUAACAGUGGCUGACCAGAAGGCGAAGGUUAGUGCUCCUCUGUCUUCAACAGAUACUAAACCAGCAGCUACCAUCAGACUAAUGCCUGGACUGGGUGUCAUUCCCAAAUCAGGACAGGCCAUUGCUGUGGCAACGUCCAGCAAACUGUUCACUGCUGCUGGUACAAUGACUUCAGCUGCAGUAACUCUGGCAACAGCAGGAUCAAAGGCAAUCACUAAAGUAACGCCAACAGCUGGACUGCCAAUCUCUAUAGGAACGGGCACUGCCACAGUGAGGCAGGUUCCUGUCAGUGCAACCAUGGUGUCCACAACACAGGCGACAAAGCUGCCUGCGACAAUCACUGUGCCUUUAUCAGUACUAAACCAACCACUUAAAGGAAAAGGAGUGAUGGCAGGACCAAUCAUCAAGGGGAAUCUCGGGGCAAAUAUCAGUGGACUUGGCAGAAACAUCAUUCUCACGACCAUGCCAGCAGGGACCAAACUAAUCACUGGGAACAAACCUGUCAGCUUUGUCACAGCACAGCAACUACAGCAGCUUCAACAACAAGGACAGGCUACACAGGUAAGGAUUCAGCACUUACCAGCUCAGCAACUUCACCAAGGAACAGUCAUCAGCUCCACCAAACCUAUUUCCACUGUUGUCGUGACAACCGCACCAUCAGUGAAGCCGUCACAGGACCAGUGAUUACUGGAACAGCAUUGUCAGACCUGAGGACCCAGAGGGUGUUAUUUAUUACCCAGAUCUUCCAUUAUAUGCUCAUUAUUUCAUGAAGUUGUUUCAUUGGCAGCUGUGCCCAAUGCUUGGGCACCUGCUCCCUUUCUCCCCUCAAUGACUCAAAGUGUCAGUGAAAAUUAAAAUGUUAAAACUAUGUCUUUACAAAUCUGUACAGUAAAUGCAAUAAAAAACAUUU